ACGUCAUUUCCGCUCCUCAGGCACUGGAAGAAGCUGCUGUUUUGGGUCCAAAUGAGCUGCGAGGCCGCCGGGGCUGCUCUAGUUUAGCUUGGAGGGGCUCGGAGCGGACUGAAGCCCGGCUGGAUUAAUGCGGACAGGGCGGCGCGACCUGCCAGCAGGGCCACGACAAGCGCAGGCGAGCCGAGUCGACAGUCCGGCUAACAGCCGCUGCUAGCAAGGCAGAGAAAAAAAAGCCUCUCCGUUGCUCUCACACCGCUCGUCCUGUCGGGGCUCCAUUCCAACACAACACCUGGUGGAUGAAUGAUGUCUGCCGCUAGCAUAGACCCUCAGACAUCGAAAGGACAAGAUGCAAGCAAAGCCUUUCCAGUUUCAGUGCAGAACGGCUCCCUCCACCAGAAGGACUCUGUGCAUGAUAAUGACUUUGAGCCGUAUCUCACUAGCCAGUCCAGUCAGAAUAACAGCUAUCAGUCCAUGACGGACCCCUACCUGUCCAGCUACUAUGCCCCCUCCAUUGGAUUUCCUUACCCUCUUAACGAGGCACCCUGGUCCACCGGAGGCGACCCGCCGAUCCCCUACCUGGCCCCGUACGCCCCCCUCAGUAAUGGAGAUCACCACUUCAUGCCCGACACCGUGUUCGGGCAGCCCGGUGGGCUCAGCAGCAGCAUUUACCCGCACCGCUUCAAUUUUUUCCCAGAGAACCCGGCGUUCUCCGCCUGGGGCACCAGCGGUUCCCAGGGCCAGCAGACUCAGAGCUCAGCCUACGGGGGCAGCUACAGUUACCCUCCCAGCUCCCUAGGGGGCACUCUGGUCCCUGACGGCCAGACCGGUUUCCACAGCGACACCCUGAGCAAAGCCCCAGGCAUGAACAGCCUGGAGCAAGGCAUGCUGGGCCUGAAAAUAGGCGGAGACGUGACAGGAAGUGGCUCGGGCGUGAAGAGCGCGGGCUCCGUGAUAGGCGGGGGUGUCGCCACGGGCAACGGUGGCACGCCAGUUGGGAUGCCGCCUCAAAAGCCGACGUCGUGGGCGGCGAUCGCCAGCAAACCGGCCAAGCAGCAGCAGCAGAAGGCCAAGAACAAGCCUGGAAUGCCGCUGGCCGGCGGAGUGCUGCCGCCGCCGCCGCCCAUCAAGCACAGCAUGGACAUCGACACGUGGGAUAAUAAAGGCGGCGCCGCCAAGAUGGCGCCGCCGCUACACCACCAGCACCACCCGUCCCACCUGCACUCCCACACCGCCAGCCUCAUCCCUCCGCUGCAGCAGUCCCUGCAGUCCGUCCAGUCCCUCGUUCAGCAGAUGACCAUGCCGGGACCGCUGCAGUCCUACCAGAACCACAACUCUGCCCCCACACCCCAAACCAGAUGGGUGGCGCCACGCAACCGCAACCUCUGCUACAGCGGCGGAAGCCUGGACAGCAGCGGCUCGUCCAACGGUGGUGGCGGUGUAGGUAACGGAGGCAUCGCUGGGUUCGUUCCCGCCAAUCCUGGAUCGGAGUCCCACCCGGUUCUGGAGAAGCUGCGAGCGGCCCACAGCUACAACCCCAAGGACUUUGACUGGAACUUGAAAAAUGGCCGCGUGUUCAUCAUCAAGAGCUACUCCGAGGACGACAUCCACCGCUCCAUUAAGUACUCCAUCUGGUGCAGCACGGAGCACGGCAACAAGCGGCUGGACGCCGCCUACCGGGCCAUGACCGCCAAAGGUCCUGUCUACUUGUUGUUCAGCGUCAACGGCAGCGGCCACUUCUGCGGCGUGGCGGAGAUGCGCUCCCCUGUGGACUACGGCACCAGCGCCGGAGUCUGGGCACAGGACAAGUGGAAGGGCAAGUUCGACGUGAACUGGCUGUUCGUUAAGGACGUGCCCAACAGCCAGCUGCGCCACAUCCGCCUGGAGAACAACGACAACAAGCCGGUCACUAACUCACGGGACACCCAGGAGGUUCCUCUGGAGAAGGCCAAGCAGGUGCUGAAGAUCAUCGCCCAGUACAAACACACCACCUCCAUCUUCGAUGACUUCUCCCACUACGAGAAGAAGCAGGAGGAGGAGGACGUCGUCAAAAAGAGCUAUGAGCCUGUCUCCAUACAGAGUCGAUCCAGAGUUGAUCAGGACCGUCAGAAGUGAACUGUAGAAGCGAGCCUCUGAAAAGAUCGACACUUACAUUUGGGCGGACACAAUGAAAUCAGAAUAAAAAUCCAGACGUUACAAAAAAAAAGUCAAAAAUAUAAUUGUUUUCUAUUUAUUAACAACUUUGGCCCGUGUCGAACCUUUUGAGCCACUUUGCUCUGGGUUACUUUGUAACGUGUGCAGGGAUGAAACAAUAUUUCACCAUGUAAAGUUAUUUUAAUAACAUCAGUUAACUUUUUUUAUCCUUGGAAGUUUACUCAGCUAAGUCAGAAAACAAAAUAUCUGCACGUCUGACGACAACCUGCUGCUGAUAUUCAGUGACUGUUCACAUCGUGGUUUGUGUGUUGAAGAGAUGUUAAGUGCUCGUGUUGGUUAAUCUAAAUGAGUGGAGAACACUUUAAUGACAAAACGUCUGCUAUCUGUGUGUGUGGCCAGCUGUGUUUUAUAUCAACAUCAGAAGAAGAAGGAAUAAAUACCUUCUUGAUGCCCAUUUUCAUUGUAGAAAACUUUUUACUUUAGUGUAAAACUGAAGGUUUCUGUUUGCAGAGAUAUUUAUGUGCAAGGCUGUGGAAAAUUAAACCAUAAAUCUUUACAAAUGGCUACAAAAGAAUGAUCUGGAGUAAGGCUUAGCAUAAUCGUUUGGGGAAUAAUGAAGCCUUAAUUUUGUUUUCAGCAUAGCAAGAGAGGAAAAUUUUCAUUUUCGGGGAAAGAAUUUUCUUUUUGAUUAACUUUUCUCUUAAAAUCCUAUUUACAAAUUCUGUGAAAUUAAUACUGCUUAUUAAAGCCAGGUAUGCUUUUCUUUCUCUUAACACCAUUUUAAUCUUGACAUUAUAAGUUUCCACUCCAUUCUCAGAAGCUUUAAUGUACCAGAACAGAAACCGCCUCAAAAUGUUAAGCUGUAGCAUCAUUAUUCUUCUUCUUAUUGACCGAUUAAUUGUCAAGUAUAUGGAAACCAAGAGACUAGCCUGUGUGGUAAAUGUUUGUAAAAUUUUUGUUUAUUUUUUCUUUUCUUUUUUUUAACUGCUUGCUGUAUUGUGUGUGUAUGCAAGAGUGGCAGAAAGCAGGGGAAAUCAGAGUUAUACUGUAUAAUGGUAUUGGAAUAUAGAAAAUUUAUGCAAAAUUUUACGUCACCCUUGUAUUAAAUAUCUAUUGUAUCAGAGGUCACUAUCACAUUCUUAGAUUUGAUCAUGUUCGUUAUUAAAGAUAUACUUAUAUGUU